AUGUCGAACCUUUCUUCCGAAUUCUGCGAAUACGAGGCUGACGAUCUCGAAGCUCUCAUGGGUGAAGGGUCCGAAUCCCAGAUUCAAACCGGAGAUGGGUUUGAUCUUCACCCCCAGAGUGAAUCAACUAUCGAUUCUCUCAACAAUCUUCUCAGAUUAUGUCUCAUCCCCCAUGAGGUAGAGAUGGUAGUCCUGGAGCCCUUCGAGUCUCCAGAGUCGGGGCGAGAAGGUCCUCAGAUUCGACCAGUUCCAUCCGUCGAUUUUCUCAAUUUUUACAAGGCCGUCUUGGAGAGGCCAGUUAAUUGGAAUUCUUUUACUCUGGAAAGAAUUCACGGCGCUGGAUUUUCUGUCAGAAUGACACUUACUCGCCCCGUCGACCCUCCUCCUGCUGAGAUUGAUCUCUCGAGUCUGAAUGCCCGAGACAGGAGAAAGAUCAAAGAGGCAAACAAAAAGGUUAAAGAUCAGAUUUCCCUAAUCGGGAAAAACAAGAAAAACACAACUUCCACCGAGGACGACAAAGUCUACCGGAAAACUCUCCUUGUUGACGAUGGAUCUCUUGAAGGUUCAAAGUCAAUGGCGGUUGCUGUGAUCAAUGCUUCUCCCUCCAUCCCAGCAGCAGACAACAUGGCCGCUGCCACCGUUGAGGAGGAAGGCCUUGCAAGUGACACUUCUCUUAUGAAGAAGAGGAAGGCUGAGGAACUUGGACCCCUGCCCCAGGGACGUCCCAAGAGCACAAGGAAGGGCAGAGCCGUUCCUUCGAAUUUUCCAAUUCCUGAACCUGCUGAAACUCAGGAUGCAAAUCCUGAUUCAGGAAUUGUUUUGAAGGAACCGCUGGGUUCAGGAAUGUUACCCCCUAGGUGCCCCCGAGAUAAAGAGAAGAUCGGGAAUAUGUUUAGGUGCUUCCACACCCGUGUUGGGAAGAAGCUUCCAUCCUUUGAUUGGUGGAAGCCUGAUAUCAAGAAGAUGUACAUCAGUCAUUCAUUUCACUCUUCCCAGGCAACUUUGGAUGUGAAUGGCAUUGUGAACUUUUACGAAGAGGAGCUCGAUAAAGUUUCCAAGAAAGUUGUUGCCGCUGAAGGAGAGAUUGAAAAACUGCAAUCUUCCAGUCGGCUUGUGCAGGAAUCUGCUGGCCUUGACUCGGCUCACCAAGAAGAGAUCGAGAGACUCGAAAGAUCCGGCGAGGAGACAAGGAGGAAUUUGAUUGAGACAGAGCAAAAGCUAGAGACUGCCCUUGCUGAUCAUAACUUCGCAAAAGGCGAGAUUGAGCUUCUGAGAUCAGAGCUUAAUAAGGUUAAUGCAGCUGCUGAGGAGCUCGAACGCAAAAAUGAAUCUCUUUCCGAACUGAAAGAUCGCGAUGUUCGCAAAAUAUCUCAUGAUGCUCGGAAGGAAGUUAAGGGAGCUGGGCAAAAGUUUCUUCUUGCUGUGCAGGAAUUUAUCGCUGCAGACAAAGCUUGGAACAAGCUCAACUCCGAACGCGAUGAAAUGAAAAGCAAUCUCGAUUUGAUCAAAGAGAUAGAGGACGGAAAAGUCAAUUUGGCUGAAGAGAAAGAGACGGUUGGUGCUGAGCUAGCUGAGACUGUAGCUAAGCUAAAUACCGCUCCUCAGCCAUAUCUGAAUUUGCAGCAGUUUGCUUCUGAAUUCGCUGAUUCCCCUCCAUUGACCGAACUAAACAUUGGUUCGUCUUUGGACGAGAUGGUGUUAACCGGUUCUCCUCGCGCUCAUUUUAAUGAGUUCAGAACCAAUGUUGACAGAAUCUCCUUGGGACGAGCUCAGGGGCUCUCUGAACAGGGGCUUGUCAUCUCCUCGAUUAUGGGAGACGGUGUUGAAUCGAGGAACGAGACUCCUCUCGAUGCUAGCUCGCUUAACCCUGAAGUGGUUCUCGUGACUCAAGACGAUGACGUUGGGGGUGCUCUAGUCUCAAGUCAAGUAAGGGAAGAAGGCGGUUCGCCUGUGAAUGAAUGA